AUGGCAGUCUGACGUACACAACUGACUUACCGCUGACACCAAUCAGUUGAAUAACACAGUUAGAGGCGCGUGGGAGUGACUAGCAGCGCUAUUUAAUUAAACUGUGGAAUUUAUAGCCAUUUGUUCGCUCAGCUACCAAAGGAUAUAUGACCAUGGCAACACCGCUGGAGUUUGCAGCAGUCAUGCGAGGUUCUUAUUGCGUGUGAUUCUUGUCGCAGCUAGAAAUAUGAUGUCAAUUAAGACAUCUAUUUCAUCUAUGUUGUUGUAUUCAAUGGCACAACGUGUUUCCUUCAUGCACAGUAAAUUUUUAUUUGCCAGAACUUUCUUCUUUGUUCCUGUGUCGUCGGGGUCGAUAACACAACUUUGUCACAAAUGAUGGAGUGGUUUCAUGAUUCUCAUUCCAAUUGUUAAAAUGGUGGCUUUGAAACUUGAAAGUGUGCACGCAAGCAUAUUUUACAAAAUUCUUCAUAGUAUGAAGAAUUUUGUUCAUACACAAGACAGCGUCUUCAGUAUUGACGUUUAAACGAGCAAUUUUGAAAAACAUCUAAUUAUUUAGAAUAAAUGAUAUUUUUUUAGUUCCAAUCUCUUUUGCUAUCAUGUGACGAUACAGUUAAAAACAUUAAUGAAUACGAUUUCAAAUUUUGUUUCACAAUGUUGAUAUUUACAAUGUAGAAUAUAUAAUGAGUGAUUCUAUAUUGAAUGAGCACAGGUUUUGUUAUUUUAAUGACAUGCAAACAAUUUUGCCACGUAUAGAUGUGCAUUUUCAGGAUUCUGUUCUUAUUGCUUUUCAAGUCAAACUUCGCCAUAAAAUUCAGAAUUUCGUUGCUGGAUAGUAGAUACUUUGGAAUUAUUGCCAUUUAAUCGAGUCGGCAUUUACGAAGAAUUUUAGCUAUUCUGAAUAAUUUGAACUUUAGCCACGACGUCCACGGGAAGGUACGCCGCUGUAAAGGUAUUACUUACACACACACGAUAUCAAAAUAUGAGUAGCACAUUUUUCUUGUGAAAGACUGCGUUUUUGUUGUAUUUAUACAUAAUAUUUAAAUGUUCAACGUAAGUUUUGCAACAUCUCACUUUACAUUUCAUACUGCAGAAAUUUGUGAAACGCGGAAUUAUUUCAUAAUAGUUUUUCAAGUAGAAUUGACAAUAUAUGGAGUUUAUUGUUGUGUGCUAAAUGCUUAUGUCUACUAACUAGUUCCUAUUUCUAUAUUUUGUUGCAUUGCGUGCCAAGAAUUUUCAUGUUUCUUCGCAUUAAAUUUAACGCUCUGUUUGACUACAGAAAUCCCUUAAUACCUAUUUUUCUUACUGUUCAACGCUGUAGUAUAAUUUUGAAUUUCUAAUAUUGCACGAAAUGAGUUCUCUCCGAAUCGAACAACCUGAUAAAUUUCAAUUUGAUUAAAUUGCUGCAUCAUGUGUAUCAAAUUUGCAGUAAUAUUUUGCUUUAAUUUCUCAAAAUGAAUGCAUAAAAUAUGUCUAAUAAAGAGUGAGAGACGGGCCAGGUCAACAAGUUUCGUCGAUUGCAGUCGUCAAAAAAAAACAUUUUAGAUUCCAUUCAAAUUGAAAAAAUAUGCCAAAUCUUGACUGUAGGAAAUCAAAGACACACCUUAAUUAUCAUAAUGAUAAUUGAUAUGCUUGGAAUGUCUUAUUUGUAAAUACAUUAGAUCUGCGGUGCAGAACAACAACGCUCAACACAGUUAUUUAAACUAGUUCGAUUGGAUUAAGUUUUGUUAAAGAAAUGGACAGUACCAACUCUUCUCAAUUAAAGCCCAUACCAUCCUCCAAAGAAGAAAUAAUGGCAGAAUUAGAUGAGAUCAAAAUGAGUGGUGAAAAUGCAGAAAUAAUUCCCAGGGCGUCACUUCUUUAUUUUAUAACUUCAAGUAUGAAAAUCCAACGCCAUUCCAAAUCUGCAAUGAUAUUGCUUGUUGGAAGCACUGGAUCUGGUAGAUCAUCAACAAUAAGUCAUUUACUGGACACUGGAGAUAAAAUUAGUGUUAUUGAGACAAGUAAUUGUGAAUUAUCUACGAAAAAAACAUCUGAGUAUAUCAUUACUCUUGACGAACCAAAGUAUGAAGUGCGUGAUUUAGUUUUGAGUGUUAUUGAUACACCUGGCUUCAACGAUGGCGAUGGCGUUAAACAAGAUGUGUGCAAUUUUGUAUCUGUGAAAAAAUACUUUGAAACACAUCCCGAAUUUUCUUCGAAAACAAAGAUUUAUCCAAAUCUUGUGUUCAUAGUUGACAGAGCCAGUAAUAAUAGAAUGAAAGGAGUCAAUAGCACACUUUCACGAUCCUUGAGAGGUAUCAAGAUGUUAGAUGUUGUUGACAUCAGUCAUCCAAAUCUUGUUGUGAUUUUAACACAUGCUUGUUCUGUUGGCCACGCAAACCCGAAAAAAUGGCAAGAAAGUAUACAAAAAAAGAAAGAACUUGUGUCCGACAUUGUUUUUGAAACUUUAGGUGUCAGUGCGCCAACUGUAUUGAUAGAAAAUGAUCCUUAUAAUGAUUACGAACUUGAAAAGGAUGGAGAUUUCACAAUUCUUCCCAAUGGUGAAAGACAACCUUUGAAUUUAUACAAAGCUUGCCUUAGCUUACUCACAAAAAGCAAAGAUGGAAACGAUAUCACAGAUAAGUUUGGGCAUAUGGUGUUCAAUGCUGCAUUUACACGAAAGAAAAAUGAAAAACCAUUAAAAGGUCAUGAAGUUAAAGCCAAAGUUGCAAAUAAAGAGGAGUUAUCAGAUGAGGAAUGGAAACUCGUAAAAGAUUUUACUGAAGCUGCUGCAGGAGAUUUAACCAACUCACUUGCCGAGCGUGCAAAGCAGUAUAUUUCCGAGAACAACAUCCAGGACGAGUCUGUAAAAAAAGAACUUUUUGGGCUGUUGGAAACUAUGAAUGCGAUGGGAUUGUCGGAUGAUUCAAGAUUGAAGAGCACAACAGUCAUUCAAAUCAACAAUUGUCAUGACGACAUUAUCACCGAACACGGCCUUCAAAUGUUGGAAAAGAAAUUUAACUUAAAAUGUGCUGAGUCGCUUUAUUUGGCUGAAUUUAUUGGUCAGGGAUACAACCUUGUCACAGACGACUUUGUUUCAGCUCAGGUUUUAAAAUUAUCUCUCGUUGAUAAUAAACAAUUUGGCAUUAGAAUUCCUGAAUGUGCACAAAUAUUGAAGACAAAUGAAACUGUAGACAGCGAAAUACAUUUACAACGGAAUGAAAGUUCCAUUAAAUCGCGCCUUUCAGCCUUGGGGCUAAAUGUGAACAUGGCACCAAGUAUAUUAACGAUAGCUCAAGAAUUUGAUGUAAAUUACAGCAUGAAGCGUCAGGAAAAUGACUCAAGAUCUUCAACCAAUACAAAGAUAUUAAAAGAAGUAAGAAUAGCAAAGAUAAAUGUUGAUGAAUUUGAUUUGGAAAAUAUUGUUUUUGCCGAGGACUUUCAGUCUGCUGUGGAAAAGCUUCCAAGUGAAAAUAUCGAAAACGAGAAAGUGAUGAAGGAGUUCAAAAAUUUUUUCAACAGAUUUGGUCAUUUUGUCGUCACGUCUGCAUAUGUUGGGGGAUUAGUUGAAUGUGAUAAUUAUAAUGACAUCAUAGAAUUGUCAAGCCAAGAUGAAAACAAUGUUGGCGGUAGUACUGGUGCAUAUAUUAAGAGAAUUUUUGCUAAACGACAAACAUCAGUGAAUACAGAAAGCAACAAAGUCUUAAAUAUUACAUCCACUAAAUGGAGAGGUGGGCGUGUAGACUUGCAAGUUAAAGAAAAAUUCCAUGAAUGGAAAAGAUCUGUUGCUAAUGAUCCAGUGUUUUUAAAACAUAAAUUAACAUUGCAGCACAUUCAUACGUUAGUUGGAAUGAUUGAUAAAAAUAAAGGAAAUCUUACCAAACAAGCUUUCGAAAAAAUGUUUCAGAUUAAUACUUCAAGUCUUUACAGUGAUGAUUCUUCAAAAGCUAAUUCGCGAGUGGAGAGAAAGAAACUGGAGCAAGAAAACACAAGGGAAGCUCAACGUGAAGAACCGAGUUCUGGAAGAUUGAGAAAAAUGCUCAAACGAAUCAAUUCCUUUUUAUCAAUAAUUGUUGAUACUAUUCAAAAUGCAUUGGCUAGAUUGAAGAAUUAAGUCAACCUUCAAACAUCACUAUUGCACUUUCACCGUUUAUCUAUUAAUCUAUUUUGUCUAUACGCGUAUAGUAUAUACCAUUAUAAACUACCUGUAUUUAAAUAUUUAAUUCAUUCUGCAAAAAAAGCACUGAAGGUAAAAAAGUAUGCCGAAACAUGUAUGCAAUAAAAAUGUUUAGAAAAAUA